AAAAAACGAGAGGGGGUUGGUGAUCGGAAUGGAAUCACGAUUCACGCGUGUUAUACCCGUCUUCAAAAGCAUUCAAAUUUAAUUAAAAAGGUUGCAUUUAUUACCCCAAUCACAUUCUCUCCUAUAUUUUCGCAUCUACCAAAAUCGCAAAUCUCACUUAAAAUUUUUGUUUUAUCCUCAAAUCUCACUUAUAAUACCCAGGCCCGUUACAAAACUAUCGCAGAACAAAAACUGUUAUCUUCCAUCUCAGCACCAUACCCUUUUUUCGUGCGUGUUUGAUGUUUUGAACACAUUCCUCAUAUACUGUACUUGGGCCUUCACUGCUCUCUAUUGUUCGAUCCACCAUCUCAAAGCUCCGUUUGUUAUUCGUCGAGGAUACACGGUAAGAUUAUCUUCCCUACUUUACUGUGAAAAUAGAAACCGCUAGGGCUCCGGGAAGAUCCGAGUGAUCUGAGUUUUACUUCUUUUCUUUUUACUGAAUCACGAGGACUGAGGAGAGGAGACGCUCCUCGAAAACGUCGUCGUUCUAUUUUGAAUAUAUGAGCAGUUGAACUACUAUGAUGUAAUUAGAUCGUCGUUCGAACUUCACGCUGGGGGUUUUGAUUUUCCCGAUACUCUGAAAACGCGUUGCCGACAAGUUGUAAAUUAAAAAAAAAAAAUCGAGUUUGAGUCUUCGGGCGAGUUCGCGCGGUUGUAUUUGAGAAGGAGUUAGCUAGCGCGGUGGUUCGUUUUAUACUUUGAAUCCGAAUCGCUACCUUUUUGUGUAUUUUAGCAACCAUGAAUAUGCCGCUGUUGGAUAUUCAACCAAGGACACUCAAGUUUGUAGUUGAUCUGAAGAAGCAGAGUACCUGCGUGGUUCAGCUGACCAAUUCAACCCAUCUUUUUGUUGCUUUUAAGGUCAAAACUACAUCACCGAAGAAGUACUGUGUCCGUCCAAAUGUUGGCGUUGUGGCACCAAACUCAUCUUGUGAAUUCUCCGUGAUUAUGCAAGCUUUCAAAGAGCGACCUCCAGAUAUGGUUUGCAAAGACAAGUUCUUAAUCCAGAGUACUGCUGUCCCUGAGGAAACAACUGAUGAAGACAUCACAGCUAGCAUGUUCUCCAAAGCGGAAGGCAGACACGUUGAGGAAAACAAACUGAGAGUCACUCUCGUGAUGCCCUCUGACUCACCUGAACUCUCUCCAAUUAAGGGGACGCUGAAGCAGGAAGCAGUGUUUGAAGAUUCCAUCCUCAAGGAUCGAUUACAUGGUCAAUCAGAGACUCUUCCUCCACAAUAUGAGAGGGAGAUUGUAAAGGACCCUAGGAUGGUUGGGGAUGAUGAGUUAAAGCCACCAAGGAAGGGCGUCAUGGAGUUUACUGAAAAUGACAUAAAGGCAACUAAAGGUGGUGGCUACGAUACAUUGAAAAUGGCAAAAGAAGCUGAAUUCGAUCCUAUUAGGUCUCAUAAUGAUGCAGAUGAUGAAAGGGGGAUAAAGCCAACACAUAAUUUGGAUGCUCACACGAAUAUGGCCAUGGAUCUUUCUGGGGAUCAAGGGUUUGCUAACUCAGCCAACAGCGUGACUUAUCCUGAAGAACCAAAGAUGCAUAGGGACAGAGACGUUCUACAGCUGCAGAAAACAGAUGCUCAGAAUAUCAGAGCAUUGGAUGAGUAUAAGUUGGUUAAAGACAUCGAGGAGAUGAAGCUGAAAGUCAAUGCUCUCGAAUCCAAGCUAAAACAGGCUGAUUCAACCAUUUCGAAGCUAAUGGAGGAGCGGUCUAUAAGCUCCCAAAAUAGAGAAAGCUUGCAACAAGAGCUGGUGGAACUGAGGACAAAGAAGAUAGUGAAAGAAGUGCACAUUGGGUUCCCUCUGCUGUUUGUAUGCGUGGUGGCAUUCAUCAGCGUUGUUAUCGGGUAUUGUCUGCGCACUUGACUUGCUCGGUCUCUCCCUUUAUAUCUCUUAGCAAGUUGUGCAGUCAGAAAAUAUAGACAAAGGAAGGGAAAACUUAAUGAUUGGUCUCGUUUUGGUCAUAAUGAUGUUUCUCCAGGCACCUUUAAGAUGAAUUAUUAUAGACUGUAUAGCGUUGAGUGUUAGUUGACACAAAUGGACAUAUGGUAUGAUGAUGAUAUGCUUUGUUCUCUACUCUUUUACUUUCUAUUUUGAUAAAAUUAAUAAAGAUAAAAUGAUAGUUGUAAGCA